CGUGCGCGCUGCGUGUGGAAAAACGGAACUGGAGCUCGUGGCUCAGGCUCAUUUCCAAUAGAAUAGCUUAACAUUCUAAGCUUCAUUGUCAUCAUUUUCAGAGCAAGUAGUCCACCUCCUGCACGUGCGGAGUGACCACUCAUCAUGUCCAGAAGGUCAAACGGGAGGAUGGGGCCAAUUACGUCUCGUUUAAUAUUCACCACUGGGCUCAUGAUGGGAUUUCUCUCCGCUCGGUUUAUGUUGGACUGCAACCUUCUAACAGAACAGGACAUUCACGUAGGGAGAAAUGUCCAGCAGGAAGCCCAGACGGAAGCGCACACAGUUGAACACAAGAGCCAAGUGGGUAAUUCUUCGAGAACAACACGGAUCUUGUGCUGGAUCAUGACUCAGCCUAAAAACUUGGAGUCCCGUACCAAGCACAUCAGGGAAACGUGGGGCAAGCGCUGCAACAAAGUGCUGUACAUAAGUUCUGUCGAAACCGACUUCCCCACUGUGAAGCUGAACGUGAGUGAGGGGAGGGAGAACCUGUACUGGAAGACCAUCCGAGCCUUUCAGUACAUCCACCAGCACCACCUGGACGAAGCGGACUGGUUCUUAAAAGCAGACGAUGACACAUUCAUGGUCAUAGAGAAUCUACGCUACACCUUGUCCAGUUUGGAUCCAGAAAAGCCGUUGUAUCUGGGCAGGAGGUUUACGCCCUUCGUCAGGCAAGGCUACAUGAGUGGAGGAGCAGGUUAUGUCCUCAGUAAGGAAGCGCUAAGGAGAUUUGUCAAAGGGUUUGAUGGUGGGAAUUGUACCCACUUCUCCACAAUAGAGGACAUGGCUCUGGGAAAAUGUAUGGAGACGAUGAAGGUGGAGCCAACAGACUCCAGGGACGUUAAGGGGAGACAAACAUUUCAUCCCUAUCCUCCACACUACUACCUGGUCAGGCAGCCCCCACGACCAAGGCCAUGGUAUCUGCUUUACGAUCACUAUCCUCCUGUAGAGGGUCCAGGCUGCUGCUCGGAUUUUGUGGUGUCCUUUCACUACAUAUACGGCGUCCAGCUGUAUGUUUUGGAGUAUCUGACGUAUCAUCUGAGACCGUAUGGAUACAAAUACAGAUUUAAUCCAGAUGAAAAAACUGUAUUGAAGACAACCGAGUCCACAUGAAAUGUUUGUGUGUGCACCAAAACUUCUGAACUAAUUCAAGAAGGUUCCAGAGACAAGCUUAAUUUACUCUCCAUAAUGUUUCAUAAUUCAAGACCUUUCAGUUGAGUGGAGGUGUUGAUUCCCUCCACCUCCAAGUUGUUAAUACAAAUUUAAUUUAAACUUUCAUCAUCAUGUUACUACGCCAUUACUCUUUAUUUAAUGAAUGUUAGGAAGAAUCUAAAAUUAACAUCCUGCUAUCAGUCUUUUUAUAAUUAGUAUUUUUGUGUUUCAUGCAUACUGCAUCAUUGUUGCAGUGUUUUUAAUGGAAAAUUACUCUAAAUAUUCUUUUCAAUGCUUUUUUUUUACAACCAAGUUGUUACCUCUUGAAUCAUGAAGCACGAAUAACAGGACAGUUUUGAUUCAAACUUUCAUUGCUGGGAUAUUGGUUAAACAAGUUUGUAUUGUAUAUAAAAAUCUAUUAGCUGUGAGACUUGACUUGGACUCUUGAAGUCCUGAGUCUGACUCUAGUCCAAAGAUUUUAAAGCUGAUUUUCCAAAGAGUAAUUUUGUCACGACUUUGACUUGCAAAAAUGUAUAAAUGUGAAAAGAAAUUAUAUCUUAUUUAUUGAAAUAAAAAUGUUUAUU